AAAAGUUUAGAUCAGUUUUAGAUCACUACAAAAAGAACAGUGCUGGAUAACGAAAAUAACUCGACUGUCAAGUUGACAUUAAAACGGUCACACGCUUUCAAGCAAAACGUGCAAAAUUGUAUGAAAGUUUGUUGGAAAAACGUGUAAAGAGAUAAAAAGAUCAUGUUUCUGGACGCUUUUGGAUCCCCCAUCGAGGUGACACCCGACAAUCUCCACGAAUACUCAUACGAUUUGCAUGGCACUAAGCUUUUGACUUCGUCGGACUUUGAGUUCUAUCUGCCACCAAAGUGGCAUGGAACUAUCUAUAGCACCGAAGAGCUGAUUCAGAACUAUCGCAAACGUUUUAAUCCGGAUCCCACUCUUCUGACUUUUCAUGCUAUGCAGCCGUAUGAACCGGAGUUCAUUUGCUGCGAAAGGGCUGUGGUGGAACUGACGGCUUUGCCGGCUGGACAAAGCCUGUAUAGCGAUUCGGAAAUUCUGGUCUUUUUGGUGAAGCAGCCGGCCAGGAACACCAACAUUCUGAUCACCAAGGAGCUGGGGACCGAGCUGAACUUCUUUCCCCAUGACCAUCACUACCAUGCCCGGAUCAUGGACGAGGGCAUCGAUAUCGUCUACGUGGACGAUAAGAUCUACAAUGAUCCGAUGACCAACUAUCAGCAGCAGCGACUCUACAAUGUGCUGAGCAACAUCCAGCCGGGUACCGUGAUGAGUCUUUCGGGGCGUCCCCUGCCCGAAGUCCUGCGCGGUGCCUGCAGGAAGUCUAGCCUCGCCAAGGAGCACAAUUGCUGAACUCUGCCCUUCCCCAAAUAAGUCUCCUGUCCGUGCAUUGUCCGCUUAAUAAACGUUCCGAAUCCGAGAGAUUCGUCUUGUC